AUGGUUUCCAAUAUCGAAGUUCAAGCCUUGAAGGUCUUCGUUACUCAACCAGUAACCCAGGAAAUGUUACACAAGGUAGUCGUUACUACUUUGCAAGUGUUGCCAUGUAAAGAGUCUAAGACUUAUUCUGCUGCUGACAAUAGUGAAAAACCAUUACCCUCAUUAAUGACUUUCCUCAGUAAGUUGGUCAGAUACACCAAUGUCUAUACGGGAACGUUAAUGGCUACUUUGGUGUACUUGAACCGCUUGAAGCUGAAGUUGCCUAAAACAGCUCAAGGAUUGCCCUGUACAAGACACAGAAUCCUUUUGAGUUGUUUAAUCUUGGCCGCUAAAAACUUGAACGAUUCUAGUCCAAAGAAUAUCCACUGGGCUCAGUACACUGAUGGAUUGUUCUCCGUCAAGGACAUCAACUUGAUGGAAAGACAAUUGCUACACUUGUUGAACUGGGACUUGAAGAUCUCCAACGACGACAUGUGUCUGAACCUUCACAAGUUUUUGGAGCCAAUCAAGCAAGAGAUUGUCAACUCUGAGAACGUUAGAAAAUACUUGCAAAAGAAGCAACAACAAGCAGACGCCAUGCAACAAUAUUUGCAACAGAAAUCUUUAUCUUCUGUUAAUGCAGCUGAUUCUGUUUCUUCUACCGCAGCUGCAGAUGCGUACCCUUCUCCAUGUGUUGCUCCUCCUUCAAACGCUCCUCCACUGAUCCCGGUGCCUCAACUUCCACAAUCUACGUCUUCUAUUUCCUUACGUUCUAAUAUCUCCAGAUCUUCCUCGGUGGCUUCUACUCUUAGUUUGACCUCUCAUGGAAGAAACGGCUCUGUCAGCUCAAUCUCCUCCUCAGAGUCUUCUCCUGUUCAACAUCAAAAGAAAUCUAUUUGGAAUGAUCACAACCAUGUCGAUCCCAGAAUAGAAUUGACCGCUCAAAACGAAGAAGCUCAAUUGAACAACAUGUUGAAGCUGAUCAGAGCAAGAUUCAACCAUUCAAAUACGUUACCAUCUUUUUGA